CAAGGUGAGCUUCGUGCUCUAUGUUUGUGUUGAUUUGUUGUAUGUUUUUGAUUCACAGAACAAGUUGCAGAUUCUGGCUGGACAGCAUUCGGACGUGCUUGAGAAUUUGACUCCUAAAAUCAGAAGGCGUGUUGAGGUCUUAAGGGAGAUUCAGGAGAGAGAUUGAUUGGUAUCCUGGAAAAUGCUUAACUCAGAAGAUUCUCAAAAAGAAGCCUAAGAAAGGGGCGAAGAAUGCCAAGCCAAUCACCAAAACUGAAGAUUGUGAAAGCUUCUUCAAUCCUCCCCAAGUUCCUGAUGAUGAUGAAGACAUUGACGAGGAUAGAGCUGAGGAACUUCAGAAUCUGAUGGAACAUGAUUAUGACAUUGGUUCUACAAUCCGGGAGAAGAUUGUACCUCAUGCCGUCUCAUGGUUUACUGGUGAGGCUAUUGAAGGAGAGGAGUUUGAAAUAGACAAUGACAAAGAUGAUGAUGAUGAUGACGAAGAUGAUGACCAAAAAAAGAAGCCGUCAAUCCUACACAAGAAAGGAGGCAGACCUCAGCUUCACGAUGGGCAACAAGGGGAGAGGCCUCCUGAAUGUAAGCAACAGUAAACAAAAUCAGGCAAAAGAGCGUUGGGUUUUGAGUGAGUUCCAUGUAAAAUGUUUAUGAGGACUGCACAUUUAAGUUUAGCUGUAUGUUUGAUGAAUUUACUUUUUUGGCUCUUCGUUUUUGUUGUUGUUUUUUAAAAAAAAAACAACCUUCGUGUAAAAAUCAAGUAAUUAUUAACAGUUUUAAAUGAUAUAAAUUAAGAUAUG